AGUUUGGAAGCAAAACAAAGUGUCUGGGAUAAAAAUAAUUAUUUAGAGAAGCAAAUUAUCACAUGGCAGAAGAAUUAGCUGAAGCAGGUAUAUUGGGAAGCCACCAUCUAAUAGUACAACUAUGAGCAAGUUGGUAAAGGACUCCACAAUGCUGACAGUGGAUGCACAUAUGAAAAACAAAAAAGAAAAUGUGCUUUUACACACUAGGCUCGACCACCUAUACCGCGGCCACCGUAUUGUCCUUUCAACAUUACAGCAACAAAGUACAAAUGUAACAGAGGAACUUGAGACUCUGUUGAACCAAAAAGCAAUACUCCAGAAAUGUAAAUUAGAUGAUUUAAUUAUGCAACUAAAGACUUUCAAAAAGGGAGACACAACUGAGAUUACUUCAAAUGGGGAUGCAACAAGGGGAGUGAAUUGUUUACUUUUUGGAAGGGCUAAAACAACUCCUUCAACAAUGCUGAGUAAUUUACAAUCUGGACAGCGACGUGAGAGUUUGCUGGAUACCUGGGCUGGUUUAGAUGGGAGAACCAGUCCAAAUUUUUCCUUUCAAGAUGAAUUAGGUGGAAGGUUUUCCACAAGUCAGUACAUGAAGAAAAUGCCUCACAUGUCUGCUUCAAUUCAUACUGUUUCUUCAAGGCCUCCUGGUUUAAGGAGAUCCAAGUCAAUUGUAUCUUUGGGAGGAAAUACUGGAGAUGGUGGCAAUGGCCAAUGUUUGACACACAAAGAACUGCGUCGUAUGGCCAGCAUGGAAAACAUUUGUCAAAAGGAACUGGAGAGACAGAAGCUUGACCGUUUGCAGGAACGAGAGCAAUUCAAGAAGUUCCUGGAUGAGAAGAUGCAAGAGAAAGUGAAUGACUUUAUAAAGACAUUGGAUAAAAACUUGAAAUAACUUACCUAUAAAUAUGUUAUAUUUGUAGACCAUGUUUGGGAUACACAAAUCAACAAAUCUCAUCUGGGAACCCAAUCUGAUGAAUUUUCUGUUUUAGAUGCUCUCAGCUGUGUUGUAUUUUCCAAAGUUUACUGUCAUUUUGUUUUGUUGCCUCAAUUUUAUGCAGAGAAGUUCCCCACCUCUAUUUACUAAAUUUUAGAUAAGAAUAGAUGAAAAUGCUGGGCCAAUUAUAACAUACCUCGCACUAUUGAUACUGCAUAGUUGAAAUGUGAUUUGAAAACUGGUGACUGUUACAUACAGGAAUUGCAGCUGUUUUGAAUCAUUAUCUGGUAUGCCUGUCAGAGGAACACAAUAGAAGACCUCAAUCUCAUGUUAACUGAGGUUCUUGGCACACCUUUUGUUUUUCAUCACUUAAUCAUAAAUUUCUAUGUAUGGAAUAGUUAAACAACCCCAGAGUAAUCAACUUGCUUUGCCAGCUAGAAUGGAAUUUUGUACAGAUCACAGUUUCCCAAAUUAUUUU